AUGACUGAUCAGUAUAGAGGGAAAAACGAAAAAAACUCAGACAUCAUAGAUGAAAGCUAUUUUUCACCAGGACAGAGACCUCACUCAGUUGAAAUAAUGAGGACUUUAGAUUUAGAUGAAUCGUUCAUUGAUCCUUUUCUGGAGCUAGCUCCGUUUUCUGCACGCUCUGAAAAAACCUAUGAUGAAGGACGCACAAAAGUAGAACACAGACAGAUAAUUGGGAAUUUACCGAUACCAAUAGAUAAUUUAAAAGCUCAUCUACCAUUUUUAGCCACUCACCUACAAGAAGCUCUAGCUGAAUCAGUUUCUGCAGGAAAUCCGAAUCAAUGUUGUAGUGCUGGACAACGUCCUGGACCAAUCAAUACAAAUCUAUCACCAGGAUUCCAUGAAUCUGUUCACUGUGAACAUCGCUCACCGCCAACUCCAACACCAAACAUUUCCUCAGUAGCAAUUCAACAUAUUCGACAAGAACGGCGUCAACAGCAACAACAAAAAACCUGCACAGUAGAUGAUUCCCCCCCUUCAUGUGAACUCUGUCAUAACACCCAUGAAUUACAACAUCACAUUUGUCAAGAGAAUAUUGAGUAUUUACAGAAUCAAUUGUUAGAUAUGAAACACCAACUGCAAUAUUGUCAAGAGAGAGAGAAAACUAAAGAACAAUUAUUGGAAGAAAGUUACAAUACAACGAGACAAUUACAAGAAAGCGUUACAAACUUGUUCCAACAGGUUGGAGAACGAGAAAAUUUGUUGCAUAAAUUAAGCUUGGAAGUGAAUAAAUUGAAAAAUAAACAUGAGGAAGUAAUUUCACAGCGCGAUUCAUUUCAAAACCAAACUAAAGAACUAGAAGAACGCUGUCAUGAUCUACACAAAAAGUAUGAGAAUAAUGCAAAUAACUUGACAAUGAUGGUGAAGGAACGUGAUGAAUUAUUGGCAAAAUUGAAAUCAGAACGUGAGAAUAUCGAAAACAUCAGUGAAGAACGGAAAAGACAGAUAAUGAAAAUGCUCAAAGAAACUUCAAAUAUACGUGAAAAGCUAGAUUUACAAAUAGGUCGAUCAAUGCAACUGGAAGCAGAGUUAGCUCGUCUUAAAUCGGUGAAUGCGCAGUUGGAAUCUGGGAUUCAGGAAAUGACUAAGCAAAGUCUGUCAAAUGCUCAAACAAGUGCAGCUGAAAUUCGCUCUUUGCAAGAAGAAAAACAAACAGCAUACAAUUCACAUCAAUUAGAAAUCAACCAAAUAAAAAAAGAAUUAAAUCAACUGAAUAAUGAAAACACUGAGUAUAAGAAGGAAAUUAGUCGAUUACAAACUAAAACUAAUGAACUGAAGGACGAGGUUAUUCAAUGUAGAAAUAAUUUACAGGUUAAAACAAAUAUUGUGGAAGAGAAAGAAAGACAAAUUCACUCACUUACUCAUGAACUUGAAUCUUGUCAUCGGGAGUUAGAAACACAAAUCAACUCAGUUGGAUUGUUCAAAUCAGAACAGAAAAUGAUUCAAAAUUCAUUCGAAGAGAAAAUAAAACAAUUAGAAAUUAUUGAUAGUCAGAAGCAAAGAGAAGUUGAAAAUUUGUCAAUGGAUUUAAAUCAAGCCAAGUGUUUCCUACCGACAGGAACAAGUAAUACAUAG